GUUCGCUUCCAAAAAUUUCAAUGCACAUCAAGCCAAUGGCUCCGGAUGGUUGAAGACGUUUAGGACUCGACCUACCGCACCGGCUUCAGCGGCCGUCCGCACUGUCCGAAUGGUUCGAGUCUCGUGCGGCAGCAUGAGCCUGUCGCGCGUGUGUGUGUGUGUCGCUUCUGCCUGUUGACAAACUCUUGGAAGAAGUCAGGGGCAAUCUUCUACAUCUACAGGCGGCUUCAAAGCUUUCCAAAGAACCCUCGAAUGGCCGAGCUGGAGGCCCCGAAAUCCAAAGGAGUCCUCGAGUCCCCGCUUGGUACCUUCAUCGCAGUUGCGCUCCUGCUUCUCUCAGUCUACUUCCGCUUCAUCCGAAAGCCCGGGGGGCGCAGACAGGCCAUGGCUGAGAAAGAACCGGAACCGGUGAUAGAGUCAAUUGAGGUGGGGGAGAUCACAGCAUUUGAGCUGGAGCAGUAUGAUGGGAGGGACCCCACCAAGCCGCUCAUGAUGGCGAUCAAGGGCAAUAUCUAUGAUGUAACCAAGGGCAAGGAUUUCUACGGGCCACCCGACGGUCCGUACUGUGCGUUUGCUGGACGGGACGCCAGCCGCGCCCUCGCAAAGAUGUCAUUCAAGCCGGAAGACAUUAACGGGGACCUCGAGGGGCUCACCCUGGCGGAGAUAGACGUUCUAAACGACUGGGAAGCGAAGUUCGACUUCAAGUACAAGAAAGUGGGCAAGAUCAUCGUGGCAGCGUCAUAGCGAACGAAGGUUAUGCAAAGCAGAUUUGGAGAUGUGACUUUGAAGGAUGUUGAUACUAAGAAAGAAUCAAGGUUCGUAAUCGGGUUGGACUUUUCAAUGUUUCUGAUCCUGAUGUUUUGGAUCUGCUAAACUGCAGACCAUGUACAAUAAGGCUUCUUUCAGGUUAGUGCUCGAAGUCCAUUGCUAUUGGGUCCGAGAAGCGGUCUCUGAUUUUUCACAACUUAAAGUGGAGACAUUUUGCUGUAGCUCAAGUAUCUGUGGGAUGAUGUGAUUGGUACGGGGUCCAACACUUGAUGGUUUCAUUGGAUGGUAAGGUGCAUCAGGACCAUAGCCUUACUUGUGGCAGCCUCUUUGAGGGCCAUGCGGACCUUGCUUCCAUCAGCUGUGUAGUCCCGGUCAAAAAUCUGCGCCAGGUGCUUUAGUGUCCCUCCCAAUCCCUAAUCGUGACGUGGUUGCAGCGUGCUAAGGCAAUCUGGAAACAAACGUCACAACUCGCUCUAUAAUACUAUUAUUUGCCUACGACCAAGAGAGUUGCCUAGGAGGUGCUGACUUGUGUUAAUAUAGUAGUGCUCUUGGUGUGCAUAGACGGUUAAAG